UGUCACGGGAGGUAUCGAUGUCUCUUCAGUAAAGCAUGUAUACCACUUAAUCAAGUAUGUAACAAUCGAAAAGAAUGUCCAUACGGUGACGACGAAGACAACUGUAACUUCCAAUGCCCCAAGAGUUGUUCUUGCGGCUCAUUAAUCAUCAACUGUUCAAAUAUGGAAACUAUGAAUGUGACAUUUAGUGGAUUUACACCGGCACGUGUUUUAGAUGUCAGUAACUCAACUUAUAUUUGCAAAGAUCUUUUAGAACGAUAUAGUACAAGACGAUCUUUCAAGUUUUUAAUUUCGCUGAACAUGUCUUGUUGUAAUAUAAAGACUUUAUCACCAUACACAUUUUCUGGUCUUGGUAAUUUAAGGACUCUCGACUUAUCAUUCAAUACAUUUGCGAAACUGCCUACUGAUGUAUUCGAUCAGUUGAAAUCAUUGAAAUACCUUCGACUAACAGGUAACCAUCAUCUUAUGGAAAUAGAGCCGGGGGCCUUAUAUGGCAUUUCGGUAAACAUGCUAACUAUAAGUUUUACCAAAAUACACACUUUAUCAGCCGACAUGUUUAAAGGACUUCGUUUAGACUAUCUAGAUUUGUCACAUAAUGAAAUUACUGAUGUACAUGAUAUGGCAUUCAAUUCACUUGAAUCGUAUACCAUUGAUAUAAGAGAAAACCCAAUAGCAACAUUCACUGUUAAAAUGUUUUCUGGCAUUAUUUACGUUCAAAAGCUAAAGACACCUGCAUUCAAAUUUUGCUGCAUCCGGCCGUCAAAGUGUCAAAGAAGAAGACUGCCUACCUUACAAGGAUGAAUUUUCCUCUUGUGAAGAUUUAAUGAGAAAUGGCACCCUUCAAGCACUCAUGUGGACCAUUGGCAUUUUAGCCCUCCUUGGAAAUAUUUCAUCGCUUGUGUAUAGACUUUUAUACGAUAGAAAGAGAUUGAAACUUGGUUAUGGAAUAUUUGUAACAAAUUUGGCCAUCGCUGAUCUAUUCAUGGGAGUAUACAUGCUGAUGAUUGCAGUAGCAGACAAAAUUUUCAGAAACAGAUAUAUUGAAGUUGACGAGUACUGGAGAAACAGUGUUUGGUGUCAGCUAGCUGGGGUUAUAUCAACAGUUUCCUCAGAAGCAAGUGUGUUAUUUAUGUGCCUCAUCACUAUUGACAGAAUUCUCGUUAUUAAAUAUCCUUUUGGACAACUUCGGUUUAACGUAAAGUCUGCUACAUGUGCCGCAAUAGCAACGUGGAUAUUCGUCCUAAUCAUUUCCCUGUUACCAGUUCUCUACACAGAAUACUUUGAAGGAAAGUUCUACAGCAAAUCGGCAGUUUGUCUAGCUUUACCCCUGACACGUCAGCGUCCACCCGGAUGGUUGUAUUCUAUUUUACUGUUCAUAGGAUUCAACAUGUUUACCUUCAUACUGAUCGCUUUUGGCCAGUUGCUGAUCUAUGCGGAAAUUAAGAAACAAACUUCUUUAAGGAAAUCACUAAACAUUAUACGUACAAACGAUCUGAAGGUAGCAAGAAAUCUUCUACUAGUUGUGACCACUGAUUUUAUGUGUUGGUUUCCAAUUGGAAUGAUGGGUGCUUUAGCUUUGGCAGGGCAUACUAUUCCAGGAGAAGUUUAUGCUUGGACAGCCGUUAUUAUUUUGCCAAUUAAUUCUGCUCUUAAUCCAUUUAUGUACACACUGACCGCUAUCUAUAGUAGACAGAAAUUUAGCCCAAGUGUUGAAGAACAAUCAAGAACAGAUAUGUUUAAAGAAAUGGGAAAGAUAGUGUUGAAGAUCUACCCAUAUGUGCCGACGCACAAGCAGAAAAAGAACUGUACAAUUCUAUCCCUUCGUGAUGUUAUGGAAAAUCGAAGUCUUACGUCUCUUGAAACAGCUCAUUUGAUUUUCCGCAUUCUCAGUUUCAUAGGGAUUCUACAUGAGCAUGGUCUGGGCAUCAAACAGAUAACAGAGGACGACAUUUUCGUUGCCGUCUUGGACAAUGGGCUAAUUAAGCGAAAGAUUCAGAUAGAUGUUCAAGCUUUUCCUAAUACAACUACCAAGAAAACCAUCAAUGCUGAUGAUAUGUAUAGUUUUGGAUGUCUUUUAGAGAAGAUUAUUAGAAAGAUCGCAAUUCCCAAGGGUGGCCGGUCGGCUGAUACGUAAAUCAGAUUAAAGGCAUUUUAAGUGAAACGCUUUUGUUACAAUUGGAAACUAGGCAUAUUGUUUGGUAUGACUUAUGCACUCGGCCUGUGCUUAGUGUUUUCCUUUUUAUUACUUCGUGACCGAUAUGUUAUUGUUAUAAAUGUAAAUAUGACAAUGGAUUUCAUGAUUGUUCCUUGUAACAAUUUAGUUAAUUAAACUACUACACGUCUUUGUCAUUACGGAAUACCUGUCUUCAGAAGGAAAUGAUUAUUGAUAUUUCAGUUUUUGUAUUGUUUCUCUCAAUACGUAAUUACGUAAUAGUUCGUUGUUUGUAACUGUAUGGCUUUAAUUUUAGAUUGCUCAAAACUGAUCUUGAUUUAAUGUUAGACUAUACUUCAGAAAAAAAAUUAUAUUGACUGAUUAAAAAUAAAAUAUCUGAUUUUAUAUUUACGAUUUUGAAAACUAAUUCAAGUUUAAUCGAGAUUAAUAUGUCAAGAGUCGAAUUCCGUAAGCAACUGUAGAAAAAACAUUUGGGUUUGGUCUGUUAAGGCCAAUGUCAGCUUUGCUUUUAGGGUGUAAUCGGUUUCCUCUUAUUAGCAGUGAA